UUUCAUGGCAGCAUUUCCCCUGCUUCGAUCUCCGGCUCUUGUCCCUCUUCCUCCCGCCGUUACCGGACCGUGAUCCGGCCAUGUUUAGAUCUGCGCCGCCGUUCAUGCGCGCCGCCGUUUACUCUUUUUACCGCAGCGACCGCGAGAUUCCGUGCCUCCGCAUUCCGCAGAUCAAAAGCCGAAAGCGCGUGGCACCCCCUGCCGGCUCCAUGAUGAUUUCCCGCUUUCCCUCGGUUUUCUCUGCAAGAAAGCCUGCGUUUCGAUGUGACAGUAAAGGACGCCAUUGAUGGCGGUAAAGGACGCCAUUGAUGCGCCUGCAGCACCGUUUCCAAUCGAUCGUGGUAAAAUGCGCCUGCGAGGGGCUAAAGGCGUCGUUUUCGGGUGGGUGAUGGGGGAUUGGGAGCCGCUUUUCUUUCCUCUCCUUUUCUGAUGGGAAAGAAAGAAAGAAAGAGGGCACCGCUCUUUGCGGAUCCCUAACAAAUCUUGUUUAUUCCCGAGUGGGGAGUGCUACAUCUGCAUCCAUAGUGUUGCAUGAUUACAGUUAGUGGGCGGUUGGACAGGUUCAGUGGCCUCGCCAGUGCCAUAUAUAGGACUAGGAUAGGAGGGGCGACAUGAACUCUCAAGUGAUAACUUUGUUAAGUCCAGUUGUGGCUUGUGACAGGACUCACUUCUCUCUCACUUUGGUGGGAAGGUUGAUGGAUCUGAGUGAUUUGGAAUGCACUUCAGUGGUCCAUCCAAGCUCAAACCCUUGAUUGACCAGUAGUAUUGCAAUCUGGGGUUCAGGUUUCAGUUGUCAGAGCAAUGACUUCCAAGACAAUGCCCCAAACCAUCCCAACAAUCCCCAACACUGAAGAAAAGAAGCAGUGUUCUCAGAAUGAUUCCUCUCUGGAUCUCACCAGUUCGAGUAAACCCAGUACAGGCUUGCCAAGAAAAUUGCCCGAAUCGGCUAUCCCGAGCAGUCAAAACAAAGAAGUCCAGUCCAAUGACCAGAAACCAUCUCACAAGCUACAUGAGUCCGUUGAUGUUACAUCCAGCAAGGUUCCUGCAGAUGAUGAGAAGGAUACAGUGGAAAAUGGAAACACAGAUGGAAACGUGAAAUCAGACUCGACGGUAGAUAAGGAUCAUGGUGCAGCUAGUGCAAGUGGAAGUGCCAGGUUGACAGGAAGGUCUGAGACUGGAGAAAGAGGUAUUAGCAGCCGAUGCAGGCCGAGCACAGGCAGUGAUGUCAGCGAGGAAAGCGCGUGCAGCAGUUUUAGUAGCACCAGCAAGCCUCACAAGGCAAAUGAUUCACGGUGGGAGGCAAUCCAGAUGAUCAGGACUAGAGAUGGGAUUCUUGGCCUCAGCCAUUUUAAGCUAUUGAAGAAGCUAGGUUGUGGUGACAUCGGCAGUGUGUAUCUUUCAGAGUUGACUGGAACCAAGAGCUAUUUUGCAAUGAAGGUUAUGGACAAGGCAUCACUCACAGGCCGUAAGAAGUUGCUUCGAGCCCAGACUGAGAAGGAAAUCUUACAGUGCUUGGAUCAUCCUUUUCUUCCAACACUGUACACACACUUUGAGACUGACAAGUUCUCAUGUCUGGUUAUGGAGUUUUGCCCUGGGGGAGACUUGCAUACACUUCGACAGAAACAGCGUGGCAAGUAUUUUCCAGAACAAGCUGUCAAAUUCUAUGUAGCAGAAAUCCUCCUUGCUAUGGAGUACUUGCACAUGCUCGGUAUCAUAUAUCGUGAUCUGAAGCCUGAAAACAUUCUUGUCCGUGAUGACGGGCACAUCAUGCUAUCCGACUUCGACCUCUCCCUUCGCUGUACAGUUAGCCCGACUCUAAUCAGGUCAUCCAAUCCCGAAACAGAAGCACUUCGGAA